AUGAAGAAUCAUUUUCGUAAUCUUUAUUUAUUCGUUCUCGUGUCAACGGGAAUCACGGUUAUCAUGGAACCAAAAGAACAUUCGGAGGAUACCAAAGAGAAUUCGUUGAAUUUCAAUGAUGCUUUCGGCACGUGUCUUACCAAUAAAGAAUACGGUAUCUUAGAGUGUGCAAAUCGUGCCACAUUGAGUGUAAUUCAAUCGUUCAACGAACAGGACGAGCUCAAUUUUGGAAAUUUUCAUUUGGAGAGAGCCGAUGGUUACGGCCGAGAAUUAUUCGAACACGAUUACGAUCCGAAUCAUUUUCAUAAUGUUAUAAAAGCAGCCAUCAGAUUGAUCGAACGUAGAAACAUGAAAUGGAACUUGGAUCAUUUGUAUCCGGGAUUAAGGAUGCGCGUAGGUCCGAUGAUUAAUGCAAACGGGAUUUUAGAAUUUGUAUUGGACGAUAUGCCAUCACCUUCUUACCUCGACAAACAAUCCGGAACAGGAAGGAUAUUGACCAGACACCUGUUACCUUUCCUCAUGGGGUUCAAGUUCAAUCUUGUGUCCCUCAUACCAAUAAUCUUUGGAUUGCUGUUAAUAGUUUCGAAAAAGAUUUUGCUAUUGAUAAAGGUGGCAUUCCUAAUAAGUGGUUUAUUAGGUUGGAAUUCAAUUUACAAUACGCCACCUGUUCAUAAUCCGUCCAUUUUGUAUGGAUUUAAUGGAUACGAUCAUCCUUACGAGGAUGGUCAAAUUAAUUCUGGUGGACAUUUUUACGAUCAUUAUCAUCAUCAUCAUCAUCAUCCUAAUUUUCAAUAUCGACCAUAUCGCGUACCAACAGCUUCUAAUGUUGAAUUUACACCAUACGAUCGACACGUUGUCAGAGAAGUUAUCGAUGUUUAUGAUAACGUUGAUAAAACCGAUCAAAGUACCAGGACUAGUAAAAAUUUUGCUUGGACUGCUAAAAGUUGA